AUGAUGGCACAGAAGCACUUACACCAGCUUCUACAAGAAGAUCAAGAACCGUUCCAACUCAAGAACUACAUUGCUGACAGGCGUUGCCAACUCAAAGGACGAUCGCCAAAUACUCAGUUGCAGCUUAAGAAACGUAAACCCAUCUCACAAACAUCGAAAAUUUCUACAAAUUUUUGCAAAAAUGCUUGCUUUUUCUCCUUUCAUGACUCACCAGACCCUAGAAAAUCUCCACUCUUUGAAUUUCCAUCUCCGGCUAAAAGCCCUUGUAGAAGUCCUAAUAAAAUCUUUCUUCACAUACCGGCGAGAACCGCUGCUUUGCUUCUUGAAGCAGCUCUUAGGAUUCAGAAACAAAAAACUCAAAACAAAAACAAUAGUGUUGGUUUAUUUGGGUCCAUAAAGAAAAAACUUACGCAUAGAAAUCGAACGAGAAAGCGUGAAAGCUCUUGUGAUGGUGAUAAGCUCUCAGUGAGGGAUAUUUUGAAGUGGGAUUCGAAGAAUGAGCAAGUUAAAGAACAAAUGAUGCGUGUGGAGGAGAAAAGUGCUUUAGAGAUAAGUGCUUUAGAGAUAAGUGCUUUUGAGAUAAGAACAAAUGGGAGAACCAACAGUGCUGUUUGGUCUGAAAGCAAUGAAGAAAACAAGUCUUUAGAUUUGGAUUUAGAGACCUCCUGUAGUAGUGAUCUGUCUGAGGAUUUUGAAAAAGAGAUUGAAUUUGUUUGUGAGAAAGAAAACAUAGAUUUUGCUUCUUGUGAGAAGCACUUCUGCGAAAGCCCUUUUCGUUUUGUGCUUCAAAGAAGUCCUUCCUCCGGUCGCCGGACACCGGAAUUUACGUCGCCGGCUACAUCCCCUUGUCGCCACACCCACAUAAGAGAGGACAAAGAGAUUAAUCAUGAUCAGGAGAUAGAGGUGUUAAAGAAAUUCCAAGUGGGAGCAGAGGAGGAAGAAGAGAAGGAACAAUGCAGUCCUGUAUCGGUAUUGGAUCCUCCAUUCGAGGAUGACGAUGAAGGAAAUGAAGAUGAAGAUGAAGAUGAAGAUGAAGAUGAAGAUGAAGAUGAUGACCAUUUUGAUCUGGAAUGCAGCUAUGCUCUUGUACAAAGAACGAAGCAGCAACUAUUGCACAAGCUUCGUAGGUUUGAGAAACUCGCAGAGCUGGACCCUAUCGAACUCGAGAAAAGAAUGUUGGAACAAGAUGAGGAUGAAAAUGACCAUGAUAUCUAUAACACAGAUGAAGCAGAGGAAUAUGAAGAUUGUGAAUUAGAGUCAUGGGAAGGCGAAAAAAAUGUUGAUGGAUUUGUCAAACAAGUAUUCACAGAAUUCAGCUUCAAUAAUGUACGUCGAAUUCCUGAAGACAUGAAGAGACUGGUGACAGAUUUAAUUGCGGAGGAAGAACGAGAACAGAAUUGUUGUGUGGACAGAGAAGUAAUAGCGAAAAGGGUUUGCAGAAGGUUGGAGUCAUGGAAAGAAGUGGAAUCAAACACCAUUGACAUGAUGGUGGAACAAGACCUUAGAAGAGAAGUUGAUGGUUGGAAAAAAAUUGAUGAGCAGGUGGGAGAAACGGCAUUUGAGAUUGAAUUUGCCAUCUUUGGAUUAUUGAUGGAUGAAUUAUCAGAGGAGCUUGGUGUUAAUGGGGAAAAUUGGAAGAUGACAAGUCUCUUCAAAUGAAUUUUGUUUACUUUAGCUAGUAGGCUAACUAGAAAAAUGACACAAGGAGGCAAGAAAUAUGUGGUUAAUUAGCAUUAUUAUAUUAAUUAUGUAUAUGACAUGUACAAUUAAUAUAUUAAUCUAUGUUCCAUUUACAAAAUUAGCGGACAGAGUUAGACAUAAAUUGGCUUCUCGAGGAAGACACAACUU